AUGUUCCUUUCCGCCGGUUUUCAUUUGUUGAUCUUGAUUGCUGUGAUCACCGAAAUUGCGAGGUAUGAAGGGGUACUGUAGCUACAGUAAUCCAGAGUUCGAAGCGCUUUUUGAGUUCUGAUGCUGAAUUUUAUUGAGUUCCUGCGAAGAUUGAAGUUUUUUGGUAGAUCAUUUUAGGGUACCAUAGUUAGCAUCUGGGCUACUGUAGCUACAGUAGUUCAAAUCUAGAAAGUUCGCUGCGCCUUGAAAUUUUGAAUAAGACAGUGCCUAAUUUACUGAGCUAAGGGUCACAGGUUCGAAGGGUGCCUGCGAAGAUUUUUUUCGUAUAUUAUUUUUGGGUACCCCAAUUUAAAACCGGGUUACUGUAGCUUACACUAAACCAAACCUAGCACAUUUGGGUAUCAUUCGAUGCGCCUUGAAAUACGGUAUCCAAAAAUGUGAAUUAAAAAUUUCAGAGAACACAUAGCAGUCAGCGAACUAGAAGAUAUGGUGAUUAUCAGAAAGAAGGGAGAGAAAAUCUACCCGGUGAUAUUUUAUCCGGCCAUUUUCCCGCCCUUUCUCGUCGGCCUCAUAACGCUCAUCUUCGGAUUGUCUCGAAUCUAUUUCCUACUCUUCAUCAUUCUCGGUGUAUCGAUGAUCGAGAUUGGCAUCGCCAUUUAUUCGCUGACAGAAAUCGCGGAUGUUCGCGAGAAGAUGAAGCCGUUCUUCUUGCUGGCCGACCUGGUUCGAAGGGGUGAAAAUGAGUUUUGCGAUUUGUUGAAAGAUUUGGAAAAUAUUUUGCUGGUCAAUUCGAUUGUUUGCUAUUUUCAAAUUGCGAUGGCAAUUGCCACUUGUGUCUUGGUGAUUGUUAUUGCGAUUAUGAAUACACCUGGCAGAGGAAUUGGUGGGGAUGAGAAAAAAAUGGAGGAAGGAGAGGAGAGUGAGGAAACUUGA